CUCUGAUGAAGCAGUGAAGUUGGUUUGAAGGGAGAAACUAAUAUGGACCAGCCAUUCUCUGCGAGUUCUUUGAAAAGGCUAGCCGCCAUGCCUGACCACACAGAUGUUUCACUGAGCCCAGAAGAACGUGUACGUGCCUUAAGCAAGCUUGGUUGUAAUAUCACCAUAAAUGAAGACAUUACUCCACGACGUUACUUUAGGUUUGGAGUGGAGAUGGAGCGUAUGGCAUCUGUAUAUCUUGAAGAAGGAAAUCUUGAAAACGCCUUUGUGCUCUAUAACAAGUUUAUAACCUUGUUUGUAGAAAAGCUGCCUGGUCAUCGAGACUACCAGCAAUGUGCUGUUCCAGAAAAACAGGAUAUUAUGAAGAAACUGAAGGACAUUGCAUUUCCAAGAACGGAUGAACUGAAGAAGAACUUGCUGAAGAAAUACAGUGCAGAAUAUCAGGAAUAUAUGCAAGACAAGAACAAAUGCAAAGCUGAAGUACUGAAGCAACUGGAGCAGCAGAAUUUGAUCGAAGCAGAGAAAAAGCGAAUUGCCCAAAUCCGUCAACAGCAGCUGGAAAAGGAGCAGUUUCAGUUCUUUGAAGAUCAACUGAAGAAGCAAGAACUAGCCCGUGAUCAAAAAAUUAAAGAUGAUUCUGUUUCUUCUGAGCAGACGGAUGGGAGUAUGUUGUCGUCAUGCCUUUCACCACAUCUGAACAAUACUUUGUCCGCUUCAUUAACAAACAAAAGUGAAGCCUCGGCUGGACGGUCUCCUCCAAUUAGUCGGGCAAUAAAGCCAGCUGCUACCCUAAGUGCUGUCCAGAGCAAUGCGACUGAAGGGCUGCGAAGUGUAGUUCUACCCAAGGAUCUGAGUCACAAAUUUCUGCUGCUAGCAGAAGUAAAUACAGUAAGAGGAAUAGAGACAUGUGGAAUUCUCUGUGGCAAACUGACCCAUAAUGAAUUCACUAUUACUCAUGUGAUAGUACCAAAACAGUCUGCAGGGCCAGACUAUUGUGACAUGGAGAAUGUGGAAGAAUUAUUCAGUGUUCAAGACCAACAUGAUCUCCUCACUCUAGGCUGGAUCCAUACACAUCCAACACAGACUGCAUUCUUAUCAAGUGUUGAUCUUCAUACACAUUGUUCUUAUCAGCUAAUGUUACCGGAGGCUAUUGCAAUUGUUUGUUCGCCAAAACAUAACGACACCAGAGUCUUCAGACUUACCAAUGCUGGCAUGUUGGAAGUUUCUGCUUGUAAAAAGAAGGGCUUCCAUCCUCAUACAAAGGACCCUAGGCUAUUUAAUACUUGCAAACAUGUCAUCGAGAAAGAUGUAAAAAUAACUGUUUUGGAUCUGAGGUGAUACGGAUGGUAGAAGAAAGGCCUUCCCGAAACAGAUG